AUGAGCUCUAAAUUUGCCAAUCGCAGAAAGCCCCGCAAGAUUGGUGGCGAUGAUGAGGAGGAGGAUGGAGGCGCUGCCUCAGAGCCAGUCGUUAAGCGCCCAGCUGCCUCGAAGCCCAAGCAGAAAUCCAAAUUGCAGUUAUCCUUUGGCCCCGAGACGUCAAUGACCGAUGGAGACCAAGAGAGCGAAGUAGUCCUACCGAAGCGCCACGGUCUCAGGGCGAGCGCCGGUCAAAUUCCUUCAGUGUCUGCGCGACUCGGUCAGGACCAAGACCGGCCUACCUAUAACCAUGACUAUCUGAAAGAACUUCGCGAUUCUACACCUUCAACACCAAAGACAACUACCGACGAUGAAACCAGCAAGGCUGUGGAUGUUGCGGCUAAAUUCGGGGAGGUUAUGACUGUUUCGGGACAGUCACACAUCCCCAGCGAAGCUGAGAUCCGGGAGAAAAAGGCCCGACGCGCACGCCUGGCUAUGGAACAUGGUGCGGGUGAGGAUGAGUUCAUUUCAUUGGAUGCAGCCGACACUGAUGACUGGGAUGCGGUUGUACGAGGAGAGAAAGAAGUCAAAGAAGACACAAGACUGGUUCGGGACGAUGAGGACUUACUUGAAGGGGAGGAGUUCUUCACGGAGGAUGGCAAGAUGGCGCUCGGGCGAAAGGCAGAGCGCGAGAAGAAGCGGAGGGAGCGUGAAGCAAUGCGUGACCUGAUUGAGGUUGCCGAGGGUAUCUCCGAUGAAGACGAUUCCGACUUGGAGGAAAAGGCUGCCUAUGAAGCCGCUCAGGUUCAUGCUGCCAUGGGUCAUGGCAAGUCAGGUGGUAUUGAUCGUCCAAAGACUCCACCCAAAGUGACAUCUCUCCCACGACUGGCUAGCAGUUUUGAAAGAUUGCGCACGUCCCUGGCAUCCAUGGAAGUCUCGAAAACGCAGAUGAUCAGCCGCAUGGAGGAAUUGAGAAAGGAAAAGGCAGAUAUCGCAGUCCGUGAGGUGGAGAUCCAGGCAAUGAUUAAAGAAGCUGGCGACAACUAUGAGCGACUCAAGAAGGAAGCUGGUGUUGAUUCGAAACGCAAAGCUCGACGCUGCCAAUGGUGCUCUGGAAAAGUCCCGAGGAUUGGAAAGCAUCGGUGCUCCUGUCCCUGUCCCGGUAAGGGAUUCCUCCAUGUCGCAUUCCUCAGAUUCCAGCUUCGAGGAUUCUUCAUAACUCUUCCCUGGUUGCACCUGUACCUACAUCCCCAGCCCGGGUGCUCAGCUUCACCUCGGUCAUUACUCGAUUCCCUUGCAUCGUCUUCGUGGAGUCUUCCUUGUUUCUUUUGA